UUUCCUAUCUCAUAUAUUAUUCAACCGGGAGACUCUGAUCCUCUCUUUGGUCCGAACUCCUUCAGUAUUCCUGGAUACCCAAGCAUACGAAUUGGUGGAGAGGCUAUGUGCUUUGUGGACCAUCAGUCCAUUGAAACUGCGUGUAGCAUUUGGCCUGGAUGGGAUAGAGGAGUCGGUGGUGGGAACACUGGUUUUCGUCGUCGGGUUCGGCUAUGGUGGUUUUUUGGGGUCAGGCAUGGCUCACAACGCACGUUUUUGUUUUUCACGUUCGCUUCUUCCGCUCUUGUUUGGAGGCAUCUUCGGGUUUGGAAAGUUUGUUCCGACGCUUUUUGCGAGGAUGCGGUUAUAUCGGCGGUUCGCUUGUGCGUUCCUGGCAGCCUUUUGCAUAGGCAAGGCAUCUUGUACCGGGCUUUUUUGAUACCACGUCACCUCUUCGAUUCGUUCUUCUCCUCGAUUCUUCAUUCUUGGUACCAGGACACAAGUGGUACGACUACGGAACGAACACCCUCAGCGACGCCUCGAUCGAGUCUGGGUCUCGUUGAUGAGGUGGUCUGAAACCUACGGCUGGGCAGGUUUCCGCAGGCUCUGCCAUGGGGAUGACCUUGCGGUGUGGUUGGGCUUGUGGCUUAGCCAACAUUCCUGGGUCUUGGGCAAGUUUGAAGCAUUCAUUCACCAGCAGCGUUUUAUCGCUACGGGGUGGUUUUCUUGUCUUGUUUAGCUUGAUUGUUUGUCGUUAUUGAUAUUGAUUGGAUUCUUGGCUCCCACUUGGGACUUUCAUUGAUGUGGCUCGUUUGCUGUGCGGAUGGGACAUGUGCUUCUUGAUCCCCGGGGUUCAUCUU